UGGCGAUAUGAGUUUUACAAGCGAUGGUGCCGGAGUGUGACGUGACGUAUAAUCUAGUGGACGGGACACCUCUUCGACAACGACAGCUAAUCAGUCACUUAGAUAGCUUGCUAUCCAACAAAGACGAACAUAUUUGAGCUAUUUAGACGUUUUCGGUGUAUAUUAAUCACUGUGCUUUAAACACACGUCUGUCGUAUCUACUAGUUACCCAUCCCAGCUUCAUAUUUACGUUAUCGGGUAGCUAACUGGUUAAAUUAGCAUUAGGCUAGUAGCUUAUGCUAACUAUCUAAGUUGGCUUUCUUAAUAACAUUCCGGACCAUGAGCUCACUAAACUACUCUCCCCCUGCAAAAGAAGAGGACGUCUGCUGGACUGAGAAACAGGGUCUGUGGCUUAAUAUUGUCGUGAAAGAAGAGGAGGAAGAGAAGGAUGUCACAGUGAAAGGCGAUGAAGAAGCUUCCAGAGUGAAAGCUGAGGAUCAGGAAGAGAUUACUGUCACAACGAAAGAGGAGGACGAGGAAGAAGAGUAUGAGACUGGAGAUAUGAUUAACACCACAGAGAGACCAGACUCAGCAGAGGAACCAGAGACUUCCGAACCAGCAAGACGACAUCACUGUUCCUACUGUGGAAAGAGCUUUAACCAGUUAGGGGACCUAAAGAAACACGAGAGGAUACAUACAGGAGAGAAGCCUCACAAAUGCUCCCAGUGUGGACAGUGUUUUACCUGGUUACAGAAUCUAAAACAACAUCAAAUAAUACACACAGGCGAGAAGCCUUACCAAUGCUCUCAGUGUGAAAAGGCUUUUACCCGGUUAGCACAUCUGAAAGAACAUAAAAUAGUACAUACGGGAGAAAAACCUUUCCACUGCUCUCAGUGUGAAAAGCGAUUUACCAAGUUAGGGAUCCUAAAACAGCAUGAGAAGACGCACACAGAAGAAAAGCCCUACCAUUGCUCCCAGUGUGGAAAAAGAUUUUCCUUAGCAAAGUACCUGAAAGAGCAUGAAAAAAUACAUACAGGAGAAAAACCUGGAGAGAAGCUUUUUCUCUGCUCCCUGUGCGGAAAGAGUUUUACCCAGUCAACCCACCUGAAAUCCCACACAAGAACACACACGGGGGAGAAGCCUUAUCAAUGCUCCGUUUGUGGGAAGAGUUUUUCUCAAUCAAGUUGUCUGAAAAAACACAAGAGAAUACACACCGGAGAGAAGCCUUACCACUGCUCCCUGUGCGGGAAGAAUUUUACCCGGUUAGAUUACCUGAAAUCACAUAACAGAACACACACAGUUGAGAAGCCUUUACACACAGUAGAGAUGCCUUUAAACACAGGAGAGAAGUCAUCAUUAGCAGGGGUCUCCAACCUUUCUGCCCUAGAGCAGGGGUCUCCCAACCUUUCUGCCCUAGAGCAGGGGUCUCCCAACCUUUCUGCCCUAGAGCAGGGGUCUCCCAACCUUUCUGCCCUAGAGCAGGGGUCUCCCAACCUUUCUGCCCUAGAGCAGGAGCACACGGACCAUCUUGUCUUGCUAACAUCCCCGACCAUGAGUUCACUAAGCUACUCCCCCCCUGCUAAAGAACAGAAGGUCUGCUGGAUGGAGAAAGAAGCUCUGGGUCUUAACAUUGUCGUAAAAGAAGAGGAGGAUAUUACAGUGAAAGAAGAGGAGGAUAUUACAGUGAAAGAAGAGGAGGAUAUUACAGUGAAAGAAGAGGAGGAUAUUACAGUGAAAGAAGAGGAGGAUAUUACAGUGAAAGAAGAGGAAGAUAUUACAGUAAAAGAAGAGGAAGAAGCUUUCAGAGUGAAAAGGGAGGAAGAAAUCACAUUGAAAGAAGAAAAUUAUGUUACAGUGAAAGACGAGAAAGAACCUUUUGGAGUGAAAGAGGAAGAAGGGAUAGAGGCUGUCACAGUGAAAGAGGAGGUGGUAGACGCUUUCAGAAUUAAAAAGGAGGAAGAGGAUGUUACAGUCCAAGACGUGAACGAGCCUUUUGGGGUGAAAAGGGAAGAGGGGGUAGAGGCUGACACAAUGGAAGAGGAGGUGGUAGACGCUUUCAGAAUUAAAAAGGAGGAAGAGGAGGCAAUCACAUUAAAUGAAAAGGAGGAUGUUCUAAUGGAAGAAGAGGAAGAACCUGUUGGAGUGGAAGAGAAGGUUAUCUCAAAAGAGGAAGACGUUUUGGGAGUAAAAGAAGGCGGGGAUGAGGAGGACGAGCCUGAAGAUCCGAAUAACACAAGAGAGAGACCAGACUCUUACUCUGACAGCGGGAGUACUUCAGCGGAACCAGACCCAGAGAUGCCCAAACCAGUGAAACCACACCACUGCUCCCAAUGUGGAAAUACAUUUUUCUCAUCAGGGGACCUGAAAAAGCAUAAGAGAACACACUCUGUAGAGAGGCCUUUCCAAUGCGCUCAGUGUGGAAAGCGAUUUAUCCAGGCAUCACAUUUGAAAGAGCAUAAGAGAAUACACACAGGAGAGAAGCCUUUCCAAUGCUCCCAGUGUGGAAAUAGUUUUACCCGGUUAAGGGGCCUGAAAAGGCAUAAAGGAAUACACACAGGAGAGAAGCCUUACCACUGUUGUCAUUGUGGACAGAGUUUUAGGUGGUUAGUGACCCUGAAAACACAUGAGAGGACACAUACAGGAGAGAAGCCUUUCCAAUGUUCCCAGUGUGGGAAUGCUUUUACACGGUUAGAGAAGCUGAAAGAACAUGAGAGAAUUCACACUGGUGAAAAGCCUUUCCAAUGCUUGCAGUGUGAAAAGAGAUUUAUCCAGUCAUGGAAUCUCAAAGAGCACGAGAGGAUACACACAGGGGAGAAGCCUUUCCAAUGCUUCCAGUGUGGAAAGAGUUUUACCCGGUUAAGGUACCUGAGUAAGCAUAAAGAAAUACACAUGGGAGCGAAGCCUUACCACUGUUCUCAUUGUGGACAGAGUUUUAGGGGGUUAGUGAGCCUUAAAACACAUGAAAGAAUACACACAGGAGAGAAACCUUUCAACUGCUCUCAAUGUGGAAUUACUUUUACCUUGUUAGGGAGCCUGAAAUCACACCAGAGGACACAUGAUAAAAGCCAUACCACUGCUCUCAUUGUAGAAAGAGAACAUGAAAUCACAUGACCGAAUAUAGAGUCUGGGGCCAUAUUUGCGAACAUAAGCAAGCAUAUGAAGUUAAAUGGUUUUCAUGCACAAGAUGCAUAUCAGCCAAUGAAAAGUGUUGAUUCACUUACAUGUGACUGACCGCUAAUGAAAUCAAACACAUGAAUGGAAUGUUAUCAAACACAUGAAUGGAAUGUUAUCAAACACAUGAAUGGAAUGUUAUCAAACACAUGAAUGGAAUGUUAUCAAACACAUGAAUGGAAUGUUAUCAAACACAUGAAUGGAAUGUUAUCAAACACAUGAAUGGAAUGUUAUCAAACACAUGAAUGGAAUGUUAUCAAACACAUGAAUGGAAUGUUAUCAAACACAUGAAUGUUAUCAAACACAUGAAUGGAAUGUUAUCAAACACAUGAAUGGAAUGUUAUCAAACACAUGAAUGGAAUGUUAUCAAACACAUGAAUGGAAUGUUAUCAAACACAUGAAUGGAAUGUUAUCAAACACAUGAAUGGAAUGUUAUCAAACACAUGAAUGGAAUGUUAUCAAACACAUGAAUGGAAUGUUAUCAAACACAUGAAUGGAAUGUUAUCAAACACAUGAAUGGAAUGUUAUCAAACACAUGAAUGUUAUCAAACACAUGAAUGGAAUGUUAUCAAACACAUGAAUGGAAUGUUAUCAAACACAUGAAUGGAAUGUUAUCAAACACAUGAAUGGAAUGUUAUCAAACACAUGAAUGGAAUGUUAUCAAACACAUGAAUGGAAUGUUAUCAAACACAUGAAUGGAAUGUUAUCAAUCACAUGAAUGGAAUGUUAUCAAACACAUGAAU